AACUCGUUGCCAGGAAACAGGCUGUAAACAUCCUCUUAAUUUUUACCGAAUAAUGUCCAUUUUAGUUAGUCUAGAUAAGUAGUUACAUUUCCGCGCCUAAUGCUACAUUUUGUCUGCUACUGGAUACAUUUCAGCAGAUGGCGACAUGCAUGAAUUAGUUUAAUGCUAGGAUUAAAAAAUGACUUUGAUAAAGGACAGAUUCCCGAGCAUUCCGAUGGCGGGGAAGCGAAUACCUCUUGGAGACCGAGCCAAAACCUGCAUAGAAGUGACGCCCUGGCGUGCUACACCACCAAUGGUGAAGAAGUUUCUCAAAACUACCCAGCCUGAGACGGGGGCCAUCCGUGUCUUUCAUGGGAGAGCCAAUGACCUGGAUAUUGCAAGCACACAAGUGCAUGGAGUGAUAACCAACUCAUCUGAGACUACUGGGUCACUGAUAAAUCCAGCACCAAAGACACACUUCCAGCAGAGGCUGCAGCAGCUGGACGAGGCUAACUAUGCCUCCCACCGCAGAGCCCCGUUGGGCAGGUCUCACAACCAGAGCACCGGCCUGCCCAGCUGGUUCAACGUCAACCUCACUACGUUUGGCGUGAAGACCGAUAAAGGCAACGGUGCAGAAGACCUCAUCAACCCGCGUAAAACAUCGGAACAAGUCGAGAGAGAUUAUAGGGAAGGACAUCAGCAUUACGUCCGAACUCAUAAUGCCUACUUUGUUGGGGAGCAUGUGGACAGGAACUAUACCUGGGACCGCAUUGGGAAGGACACCAGGUUUGGAGUGCCCAAUCCCCACCGCAACGAUGGACACAACCUCUCCAAGUGUCUUGAUUGGCCCUGCGACAAGCAAGUAAAUCAUAGCGCAAAGAUUGUCUCGAAGAAAUGUGACGACUUCAGGGAAAGAUCUCAGCCUCAAAUUGGCAGAGUGCAUGAUCGGAUGGCAGCUCCCCCCAAAGUCCCUGCUGACCACACGUAUGGAGUUCUGUUGAGACCUGACGACUGUGAUGCAAGGGAUCUCAUCCAUGCCAGCCCACCAUCCGACUACCUGAAAGGGAAGGACCGUGAGAUGACGCUGAUCAGCGUUGCACGGCAACACCUGAAAAAAGCCAAUCACCGCAACUUCAACACGCUCCUGCAGGCCUUUAGCCACUACGACAAGAAGGGUCAAGGAAAGAUCGAUAAGGAGGACCUGCAGGCUGUGUGUCGGCAGUUUAACCUGGACCUCAGUGGGCCAAUGCUGGACAGCCUCUUGGAAUACUGCGACGUGGACAAGGAUGGAAAGAUCGGCUUUCUUGAGUUUGCCAACUUCCUGAACUGGAAGGACAAAAUGCCCAUCGGCAGGCUGGAACAAAACAUGCUCACCGCAGCUGCAGAGCGUAAAGUGAGCACUGCCCCAGCCAACAUGCAGAGAGAAGGGGGCCAGGCAUCUGAGUUGGAGUCCCUGGUGAAGCCGGACGACAUGGAGCCAGUGAAGCCAGGAAGCUGGCUGAAAACCAUAAAGACUCUCCCCCACCCCAGAAGCCGCUCCCUGAACUUUGCCACCUCCUCGUCGAAGAUCGGAGCGGUUGUAGGUGGAGUACCCACUGCCGUCUCUCAUAUGUUUGGUAUGUCAGACAUUGCCACCCACGGAGUCCCGACAGUGCGUUUGGAUCUAGCUGCCCCGCGCAUCAGGCGCAUCAGUGACCGCACCAACUACGGAGACCAGGCCACGGCGUACGACCUGCUCCACCCGCCGCUGCACUCCCUCUACGGGGUCCACGAGGAGCACUUCUUCUAUCCGCGCUCCAGAGACCAGAUUUCUGCGAUAUUCCGGGCCGUUGGAAUGGACAUACCUGAGGAGACAUUCAAGGAAGCCUGGGCACUGGCAUCUAGCAUGCACCCGACUGGGGAAGUGUGCGUGGAGGGAUUCCGCAAUGCUCUGGCUAAAAUUCAAACUGACUGAACAUUUAUUUUGGAGUUGGUGCAAUAUUGUUUUAUCGGGUGAAUUAUAUUUUUCUUUUGGAAACUAUUUGAAAAUUAGCAUGACUUCAGAAAAAAAGCAUAAAAUCUGACCAAAGGUCAUGAAAAUCAUGAGAGCAUCAAAAAUAAAGAAGUAACCAUAUGAAAGAAAUAA